AUGAAAUUUUUAAUUGUACUUGCUUUUCUAUCGUUGAUGUGUAUGUUUGGUAAUAGUGCUCCUGGUGCUGAGUAUAUUAAUGGUGCAGUGAUGAUGCAGUAUCCCGAUGUAGAACUAACCACUGAAACUGUUACAACUGAAAACCUUGAUCCUACAAGUGAAGGUUAUGGAGAUUCUGAAGGAACUUCAACUGAAACUGGAGAACCUGAAUCAACUACCCAAGGAUCAGAAACUGGUACAUGGAAUUAG